CCGUGCCUGUAGAAGUUACUUUCUCUACCUCUGAGAAAGAAAUCUUGAAUUUGGAUGCAUAUCAAGAUACUCUGAAGAACAGCAACAACCCUUUGGGGGAUUGCCACCUCAACGUCAUGACUGAAGACAAAGAAUCUGUUAUUAGAAUCUUUAAUUUUGUUUACAUCCUGACCUUAGUUGGAACCAUAAUCCAGUUCUCUGAGGAAAGUAAAUUUGCAGUAGACAUGUCAAAAAUAGGCCUUACUCGUGUUCCAAAAGACCUGCCACCAGAAACCAAAGUCUUAGAUAUGUCCCAGAACAACAUAUCUGAGCUUCAUAUCUCUGACAUCAGCUUUCUGUCAGGGCUGAAAGUCUUGAGACUUUCCCAUAAUCGAAUCUGGUGCCUUGAUUUUAGUAUUUUCAAGUUCAACCAAGAUUUAGAAUAUUUGGAUUUAUCUCACAAUCAGUUGCAGAAGAUUUCCUGCCAUCCUAUCAUGAGUCUCAAGCAUUUAGAUCUCUCAUUCAAUGACUUUGAAGUCCUGCCCAUCUGUAAGGAAUUUGGCAACUUGACACAACUGGAUUUCUUGGGAUUAAGUGCUACCAAGUUACAACAAUUAGAUCUGCUACCAAUUGCUCACUUGCAUCUAAGUUACAUCCUUCUGGAUUUAGAAGGUUACUAUGUGAAAGAAAAUGGGACAGAAAGUCUUCAAAUUCUGAAUACAAAAACACUUCACCUUGUUUUUCACCCAAAUAGUUUAUUCUCUGUCCAAGUGAACAUAUCAGUUAAUAGUUUAGGGUGCUUACAGCUGACUAAUAUUAAAUUGAAUGAUGACAACUGUGAAGUUUUAAUUAAAUUUUUAUUGGAACUCAUUAGAGAGCCAACGCUACUGAAUUUUACUCUCAACCAUGUGGAAACAACAUGGAAAUGCUUGGUUAGAGUUUUUCAAUUCCUUUGGCCCAAAUCUGUAGAAUAUCUCAAUAUUUACAAUUUAACAAUAGUUAAAAGCAUUGAUAAAGAAGAUUUUACUUAUUCUGAAACGGCACUGAAAGCAUUGAAAAUAGAACAUAUUACAAACCGAGUUUUUAUUUUUUCACAGCAAGCGUUAUACACAGUGUUUUCUGAGAUGAACAUUAUGAUGUUAACCAUAUCAGAUACACCUUUUAUACAUAUGGUUUGUCCUCAGGCACCAAGCACAUUUAAGUUUUUGAACUUUACCCAGAAUGUUUUCACAGAUAGUAUUUUUCAAAACUGUUCCACUUUAGUUAGAUUGGAGAUACUUAUCUUACAAAAGAAUGAAUUAAAAGACCUUUUCAAAAUAGGCUUCAUGACUAAGAAUAUGCCAUCUUUGGAAAUACUGGAUGUUAGCUGUAAUUCUUUGGAAUAUGAUGGACAUGAUGGAAAUUGCCCUUGGGUUGGGAGUAUAGUGGUGUUAAAUUUGUCUUCAAAUAUACUGACUGACUCUGUUUUCAGGUGUUUACCUCCCAGGGUCAAGGUACUUGAUCUUCACAAUAACAGAAUAAGGAGCAUUCCUAAACAAAUCAUGAAACUAGAAUCUUUGCAAGAACUCAAUCUUGCUUUCAAUUCUUUAACCGACCUUCCUGGCUGUGGUACCUUUAGCAGGCUUUCUGUACUGAUCAUUGACUAUAAUUCAAUUUCCAACCCAUCAGCUGAUUUCUCCCAGAGCUGCCAGAAUAUUAGGUCAAUAAAAGCAGGGAACAAUCCAUUCCAAUGUACAUGUGAGCUAAGAGAAUUUAUCCGAAGUAUAGGCCAAGUAUCAAGUGAUGUGGUGGAGGGUUGGCCUGAUUCUUAUAAGUGUGACUACCCAGAAAGCUAUAAGGGAACCCAACUAAAGGACUUUCAUGUGUCCCAACUAUCCUGCAACACAGCUCUGCUGAUUGUCACCAUUGUGGUCACUGUGUUGGUGCUGGCUGUUACUGUGACCAUCCUCUGUAUCUACUUGGAUCUGCCCUGGUAUCUCAGGAUGGUGUGUCAGUGGACCCAGACCCGGCGCAGGACUAGGAACGUACCCUUAGAAGAACUCCAAAGAACUCUCCAGUUCCAUGCUUUUAUUUCAUAUAGUGAACAUGAUUCUGCCUGGGUGAAGAAUGAACUGGUACCUUGCCUCGAAAAAGAAGACAUACGGAUUUGUCUCCAUGAGAGAAACUUUGUUGCUGGCAAGAGCAUUGUGGAAAAUAUCAUAAACUGCAUUGAGAAAAGUUACAAGUCCAUCUUUGUUUUGUCUCCCAACUUUGUCCAGAGUGAGUGGUGCCAUUAUGAACUCUACUUUGCCCACCACAAUCUCUUUCAUGAAGGAUCUAAUAACUUAAUCCUGAUCUUGCUGGAACCCAUUCCGCAGAACAGUAUUCCCAGCAAGUAUCACAAACUGAGGGCUCUCAUGACCCAGAGGACUUAUUUGGAAUGGCCCAAGGAGAAGAGCAAACGUGGACUUUUUUGGGCUAACAUUAGAGCUGCUUUUAAUAUGAAAUUAGCACUAGUCACUGAAAACAAUGAUGUGAAAACUUAAAAAAAAUUCAGGAAACCCAACUUAACUUAAGAAACUGUCAACUUGAAUUCUGUUGGACAUUAUGGUUUUAAGUUACUGUGUGGAUGGUGCCUCCAUUAUCUCCAUGCGUUCAGGAAAGACUUAAUGAAAACUGUGUUUCAACUGAGCUGGGGAACCAUGCUGGAGGUUGAGGUGGUGCUCAAACUUGCCAAUUACAGACAGCUCCGUCUCUUUUGGUUUAACCAUUCUGUUUCUCAUUCAGUCUCUUGCAAGUAAGUACUCAGAGAUUCAAGGACAUUUCCUCUCCUUUCUCCUUUCCCAAAUGGAUUCUGUGUGAGCAGGAGUUUAUGGGACUUCAUGGCAGCAAGGAAAGAGUCAAUCUCAGAACUGUAUGCAAUGGUCCUUGGAGUGACCUAGGUUCCUCAUUGGCCUCUGGGUGAGCUUUGUAAUCCUGUUCAAUUUUGGGGCUUGGGAAAAAAUUAGAUCAGUUGUGGAAA